AUGUCACUCAGUCGACUUGCAUCAGCGGCGUUUGUGCCGUCUCCCAGGAGGACAACAGUGAUGUCGUCGUUCACAUGGUCAAGGAUCCGGUCUCACGCAACAAGGCCUCAUGUAAUCCCAAUCUGUCGACGACCAACAGCACACUCGACAUUCGCCUUCUCCACCUCGACCUCAGUCCGUUCUUCCAAGCCCCCCCGCCCUCAUCACGCCAUGGACGACAUUCAGACGAAGAAGAUUCGACGGAAAGCCACUAAGGCCGUCUUCAGCGACGUUUCGACAACUUCAACAGCUUCAACAGCAGCAAAAUCAGCCGCAAAAUCAGCCGCAAAAUCAGCAAAAACAGCAGCAGCAGGAGCGGGACGGUCCACGACAACAUCAACAGCUACUAGUUCCUCGAGUCGUAUUAUGCCAUUGAAGCGAGGCCGCGAUUGCGACCACCAUGGUCGCCACCACGACCCUUACUACUACAAGCGGGAUAAGCACGAUAGGCGUCGUCGCGAGGACAGGGAUGACCAUCAACACCAGCGGGACUCACAACAGCAACAGGCACAAGGACGAUCAAGUCGCCUUCGAUACGAAGACUUUGUUCAACCAGGUCACCACCGCCAGCACCAUCUCUACCGCCAACGGUUCUGGCACUACAUCCGUCAACAACAAAUGCAUAAUCAUGCUCGGGACUAUGGCCACCAUCGAGGAGGCGGAGGAUUCAACCCACGAGAUCACCGCCAACAUGGCCCCGAUGGAUUCAACAACCCCUGGUGGAGUCAAUGGAACCACCACUGGACGCCAUGGAUGCUACAGUUGCAUCUAGAGGAUGCUGCACGGAAGGCGUUCGUUGUCGGGAUUGCGGUCGUCUGUGGAGGCUAUGGGUUCUACCAUUUCAAGGUCAAGAAGAAGGAAGAGUGGAAGAAAAUGCGGGAGGACUUUUGGAGGAUUCGAGAGAAGUUGUUGGACACAGGGGAGGACCCGCCUUGGGUGGUGAAGAAGAUGGGGCGUGAGCCUUUUACGAGGCCGGAUCCUUGGGCUGGAGCUAGUGGCGGUGGGAGAGGAACCCUGACUGCUCCGGGUACAAUGACUCUUGGGAUGAGCGGUUUUGGAGCUGGUGGUAGCGGUCCAAAGGAUUUGAAGACAGGAUUGGUGUCGCAAGGAUUACAGGCCUCGGAAAAGGACCUCAGGAUGCUGACACCCGAGACUCUGGAGAAACGACUCGGACAGAACCAGCGAUCGUUCAAAAUCGUCCCGCCACACCAGCAUACUAGGAGGCGGAAAGAGGCUCCAGGCUACAUGGUACCACGGUCCCGGAAUAUCGUCCUCGGAUACACACUCAACCAAGUCGCGUCCAACUACCCGAUCGAGGACGACAUGUCACAACAUUUCAUCCGCAACUACAACUAUCAUGGCGAGGAAAACGAACCGGAGCGUUACUUCUUUGGCGUUUUUGACGGACACUCGGGCUGGUGCUGCUCUCAAAAGGUGGCCCAAGAACUGGCUCCCUCCAUCUCCAAGGAACUCAACCUUGUCCGCAACCCUCGGGACCCUCAGGCCGUCUCAGAAGCGAUCGAACGUGGGUUUCUGAAACUGGACCUGAGGAUCGUUCAGGAUUCUGUGAAAAGAGUUCUGGAGCACCCAUCUCGACCUCUCGCAUGCUCUUCACUCCUUCCCGCCAUUUCUGGAUCCUGUGCGCUGAUGGCCUAUGUCGACUCGAGAGACAAUGAUCUCUAUGUGGCGAGUGUGGGUGACAGUCGAGCUGUCAUGGGUGUGCGUGAGCCUACGGCUGAUGGGCGAGGACAUGUCUGGAGAGCUAUUCCGCUGUCGUUUGAUCAGACUGGACGCAAUCCAUGGGAGGUCAAGAGGUUGCAGGAGGAGCAUCCUGGUGAAGAGUCGACUGUCGUCCGACGUGGUCGUGUCCUUGGUGGUCUUGAACCAACACGCGCAUUCGGAGAUGCGCGUUACAAAUGGACUAAAGAAAUUCAGGAUAAGGUCUUCAGUCUCUUCCCAGCCUACCGUGAGCCACGGCCCAACUACAAAACCCCUCCCUAUGUCACUGCAAAACCCGUAGUCCGGCAUCACAAGCUCCGUUCCGAGGAUCGAUUUAUGAUCAUGGCGACGGAUGGACUGUGGGAUAAACUGACAUCGGACGAAGCUGUCCAGUUGGUGGGACAAUUGUUGGAUGGCAAGACUGGGCAUGAUGAGAUGGUCCUGGAUCAGGAAGCCAUUCUGGCGUACAGACGGCAAGUCAAGGCUAAACGCCAGGCAGCAUCUCUUGUGGCGGUAGCAAGCUCACAGGUCGCACAGGCUCAGAAACAGCAACAGCAGGAGGAAGAAGAGGAAGAACUCACACCAGCAAACUUGCGGCCCAAAGGUCCCGCAAGUCAAGUAAGAAAGUUCACAUACAGAGAUCAAGCCAACGCGUCAACACACCUUAUCCGCAACGCGCUCGGUGGCGCCGAUGAUGACAGAUUGGCCGCGACACUAUUGAUCCCGUCGCCUCAAAGCCGUCAACACCGCGACGAUAUUAGUGUGACGGUGGUGUUCUUUGGACGGCAGGAUAUCAAAAUGGCUUUGUCGGAUGCUCAAGAUGCUACCCAGGGACUCACUCCCAUCCGUUAA